AUGGCAUUGACCAUUGUGUUGGGGUUGACUAUCUUAAGUGUAGCUAGCUAUGGUAAUACUUAUGAAUUUUCUGGACAACUAAAGCCAACCAUAAAACCAUUUUCUGCACUGACUAACCAACAUUAUCAAGGAGACCAAUUCAAGUCAGCAUUCGGAUCCAAUAGUGUGCCCCCAAAGCCCUUCGGAGCACCAUUCGAACACUUUAAACAAUCGUAUCAACCUUACCAACCAUACAGGGCAAAUUAUCAACCAUUCGGACCUUAUCCUGGUUACCCGGGACCUGUUGUAUACCCCGGUCACGGUGGUUAUCAAGGACCAGAGGCUUACCGUUUUGAUGAACCCAACCACAAGCCAUUUGGAUUCCAACCAUUCCCAGCACCGGUACAGCCAGAGUUCAAUCAAUACAAGUUUGGACCAGCGAAAAAAUUCAAUAAAAAUUUCCCGGGACUUGCCGAUUUCAAUCAAGCUGGCAAAUACUUCCAAGAACACCAAUUUGGAGCAUAUCACGGACCUGAAUUUUCUUCUGCCAUUAUUCCAGCAGAACACAGCAUUAAGCAAUCUAGGCCCAAGGAUACGUUAUUAGGCAAGCCGGUUGAAUUCGGAUUACCUAAACAAACCGGCUUUGGAUUCCCUUCUUUGCCAUCGUUUGGAUAUCCAGUACCGAACUUCCCACCAGUAAAGUCUUUCGCCAGCACCGUGCCAUCAGUAAAAAGCGUACCCACUACACUCAUCCCGGUGAACGCGGUUAAGGUCGAUCAAAAAUUUGGUGGAGCUGAGGUCACUACCGCAGUCAUCCCUUCUUCGUCGGCUCAAGACGAUUCGGCAACGGUACAACAGCAAUCCUCGGAGGUCACCGGCGAACCAUCAGCAGUGACGCCCGCUGCGGACGCCCAGCCCACCAGUCCCGCUCAGGAGGAAGUCACUUCCGGUGUCUCCUCGGACCCCCAAGUGCCCGCAGCCGAAGUAGCGGUCAACAGUGAAGUGCCCGCCGCCGAAGUAACGAACAACAAUGAAGCACCCGCCGCCGAAGUAGCGAUCAACAAUGAAGUGCCCGCCGCCGAAGUAACGAACAACAAUGAUGCGCCCGCCGUCGAAAUACCGAUCGACAAUGGAGCUCUGCCAGCUGAAGCACCGAUCGCCAACGAAGCGCCCGCCGUCGCAGUACUGAUCGAUGGUGUAGUGCCGUCGGCUGAAGACGCCGCCAUCGCCCAGGCCCAAGAGCAAAGUGCAACACAGUCGUCGUCGGCCAGCGAACCCAGCAACGUUGGCAGCGAGCAGACAGCUUCCGUCCCACAAGACUCCGCAGUCCAGGAGACUUCCAGUGCCGUACCUGCCCAGGCUUCAAACGAACCCAGCGAAACUUCCACUACCAGCGGACAGGCGAAAUCCGAGUCAGUCGCAGCCGAGAACAAACCCGCAACCGGGUCUGCAGCCGUGAACUUGCCGGGUCUACCCUUCGAACUGCAGAGCACUCAAUUCGGGCCCGUUCCCAUCACGGACACGUCGUCUCUGGGUCAAUUCGGUUCGUCCGGAUUCCCGUACUUCGGACAGUCCGCCGGCGCUCAACAGCCGUCGUACUACCCCUACUUCGACGCACCCGGUUUCUCGGAAGAAGAACUUAAGGCGUUUGCGGCCAACUUCGGGGCCAACACCCCUGCAGCACAGUCGGGACAGGUCGUCGGAAGCGGCGCCGACCCGGCUGCACAGUUCGCCCAGAGCGCUUCUUUCAGCAAUCCGUCGGCCGAGAUCGCCACCGUCCUCGAAAGCGCAAACAGCGCCAAGAGUCAAGACAAAGCCGCAAGCGACGAGAAACAAAAUAUAACCCCUGCAAGUUCACCAUUGCCAUCGUCAUUGCCAUCGUCGUUGCCCAACGGCCUGAAAACUUCACAGCCGAAAUUCAACUCCGUACAGAUAAUCCAGAACGACCCGUUCAACGGACAGUUGCCUCUGUUAUAUGACCCAUCCAACUCUGCCUCACCAUUGGACACGUACAAGUUCUACAACCACCCGUCAGUGUCCAAGUGGUCAUCUCAAGCCUCCUUGGCCUCGUACUCGCCCGAAUCCGCGUUCAGCAACUUCGGAUCACAAUUCAAUCAAGGCUACUUAGUCGAAGGGUCGCCCACUCUGACGCCGCUCUCCAAGACUGUCGUGCAAUCCGACCAGACGCCGCUUUCAAUCUCGUCCCUUGACCAUCCGCUCCAUAGCCAGGUGUUCAAGUACUCACAGUCAUUCGUGCCAUACCCAGGACUAGUGGCCGGCAACAACAACGCCGCCGCUUUCCAACCCUUCGGCUUGUCGUCGUCCACGGCCGCACCAGCCGAAGCCUCUGCCACCACACCUGCCGCCGCCGCCGACGUUUCCGUCCAGUCGACUUCCGCCCCGGAAGUAGCAGUUGAGAGCAGCAGCAGCAACGCUCCGGCCGAAGAGACAGCUUAA